GAGCCAUUGGGCGCCACUCUCCAAGGCCACACUGACUCCGUUAACACUGUUGCAAUCUCAUCAGAUGGCAAUCACUUUGUGUCCGGUUCAAGUGACAGGACGAUCCAGGUAUGGGAUAUGGCAACUGGCGAGGCAGUGGGUGCCCCUUUCCGAGGGCACACUGACUUCGUUAAUUCUGUCGCAAUCUCGCCUGAUGGUAAACACAUUGUGUCUGGGUCAUACAACAAAACCAUCCGGGUAUGGGAUAUAGAAUUUCUCAACCGGAACCACCCUUCUGCGCCUGCAAUAUGUUUUUCACCUAACCCAACCCACGCUCUUCAUUCUGCCUCCUCCUUUCUCCAAGACUCUUCCACCUCAGCCUCUGUCGCUGCAAAUGAGGAGGGAUGGGUUGUUGGUCCCGAAGGGCGGCUUCUUCUCUGGAUCCCACACAUUUUCCAUCCGGUAAUGUAUGCCCCAGGCAACACACUCGUGAUACCCAAUCACGCCUCGCAGUUCGAUUUGAGUUGUCUUGCACAUGGCACGUCGUGGCACGAGUGU